GCGCUUGCUCGCUCGCGCUCACUCUCAGCUCAGUCCAUCUCUCCGUCGGUCUCAGUACUCAGCGCUUGGCAAAGGAUAAUAAACUGCUUUUCCGCAGCAAUACGUGGUCCAAAGAGAAGCCUGCAACAGAGGGAUUUCUCGGAAGGUUCAAGGGACCCCUGGUCGGUCGUGAUGUUUUAGGCGGGUGGACCUGUUCCUUUGAAGCUGGAAUCCAGACGAUCAAUGCUUUAAAUUUCACCUUGAAUGCUCUUUUAUAAAAGCCAAACAACGCUUUGAAUAGAUUCAUAGGCUGACGGAUUCGCACUAUUCACAGGCCGUUCAAAAGGAGAACAGUCAGAAGGUCAAGAACCAUGAGUUACGGCUGUGGCAAGCGACGCUAUAACCUUAUUACACGGACCAUGUAAAAUGAGGACUAUGUUUGGCAUCAUGUUUCCCGUACUGUGACUGCCCUCAAGACUCGUUUUCCCUGAACCUGUCUAACUAAUCCUAUUGGUCGUCGAUCUCUCGAGAUCAGUCGUCUUAUUUUAAACCCUAACCUUUUUUCUUUCCCUGUUGAUCAAAACAAAUCCAAUUUGGCUCCAAGAAUGGCCUACAGGUUUAGCCUCCGUUGUGCAUUUCCACCCACCUUCCUUCUCCCCCUGUUUUUCCUUCUCCAUGCACCUUCCUUUGUGAGAGGUGACUGCUGGCUAAUUGAGGGAGAUAAAGGCUAUGUCUGGCUGGCGAUCUGCAGUCAGAACCAGCCUCCUUAUGAGACAAUCCCACAGCACAUUAACAACACCGUCCAUGACUUACGACUGAACGAGAACAAGCUCAAGGCGAUUUUCUUCACCUCACUUAGCCGGUUUACCAACCUCACCGACCUCAACCUCACCAAGAAUGAAAUCUCCUACAUUGAGGAUGGUGCCUUUGCAGGACAGGCCAAUCUACAGGUCUUGCAAUUGGGUUACAACAAGUUAACCAACCUUACAGAAGGAAUGCUACGAGGGUUGGGUCGAAUGCAGUGCCUAUAUCUUCAGCAUAACCUUAUAGAGGUCAUCGCAGUCAAUGCCUUCUGGGAGUGUCCAAGCCUUAGCAGUCUUGAUCUGUCCUCGAACAAAUUAGCAAAGCUGGAUGAAUCCACUUUCACUGUUUUGGGGCGGCUAAUAGUGUGUGAACUGGCUGGAAACCCUUUCCAUUGUGGCUGUGACUUGUACAGCUUCCUCAUCUGGCUGGAGGCUUUUGACAACGUCACUCACACCUAUGACAGACUUCAAUGUGAGACACCCAAAGAACUCUUUGGUUUCCCUCUGUUGAGUCCCAGAAGCAAUCAUAUUAGAAAUGCUCGUGUCAUCCUGUAUUCUAUGUGCAAAACAGGAAUUAAUAGCAUAACUGCCCUGCCUGACUUUCUGACGGAGUCUUCUGGAGUGGAAAUUAAUAUUUCUGAUCAAGUGGGACCUUAUCAACAGCCCACGGCUUCGUCGACAACAGACCCCACCUACAGUCCCUCUAUUAAGCUGCAAACCGUGUCCCUCUACACUGCAUCCUUUUUGGUACAUAUUCCCAAGCCUUUUAGUAAAAUGUAUAUUUUAGUACAGUACAACCACUCUUACGUGUCUGACAUCAUGAACUUAAAGAAGAAAAAAGAGAUUGUCAUAGCAAACAAUUUAAAACCCCACACAAACUACACUUACUGUGUUGCCUCAAUUCGCAAUUCCCAGCGGUACAAUCAUACCUGCCUGUAUUUUGCCACGCGGGCUCCGGGGCCUGACGACUUGAAAGCGACCCCCUCAACCACCUCUCAUUACAUUAUGACCAUUGUAGGCUGCCUGCUUGGAAUGGUCAUUGUGUUGGGUUUGGUGUACUACUGCCUGCGUAGGCGUCGAAUACAGGAGGAAAAAGAUAAGUCUGUCAGUGUAAAGAAAACCAUUUUGGAGAUGCGCUAUGGACCCGAAGCUGCUGCUGCGGCAGCCAAGGAUCCUUCCGCCUUGCAGAAACUCCACGACCAGUCCCAUCACCACCAUAGCAAACUGCCUCAAUCAACCUCUUCAAGCUUGGGCAUCCUCCAUGGCUCUGCCAACACCACAUCCUCUCGACUUUCCUCACUGCCACAGGUCGAGAAAAUGGCCACAGCUUUCUCAGAGGCCAUCUCUACCAAUAAGUGUAAUUAUAUGGAUGUGCGGACAUUACCGGGAGGAGAAGAGCGAGUGAGAGAUGGAGUUGUAACCGGUUCAGUGGAUGAAAUGGCAAGAGAACAAAAUGGGAUUAACGGAGCGGAUGAUUCUGAUGACGACGGUCGAGAUUCAACUUCAGAGAUCUCCACUAUUGCCAAGGAGGUGGAUAAGGUAAACCAGAUUAUCAAUAACUGCAUUGAUGCCCUUAAACUAGACACUGUAGCUGUUGUUGCAGCCGCUGCAGCCACUGUAACUACAGCGGAUAACACUGCCUCUCCACCACCUCCUAGUGUCAUAUCUUUAGCUAGAGGGUUAAUCCCACUUUCCCCUACCAUCACUGAGACAUGUCAGAUCAUGUCCUCCCCUAAAAUCCGUCUUCCACCCCCUGUUCCCCUCAUUUUACCCCUUUCUGAACGGCCAGGCAUCAGUGGAGGGGGCUUCCUCUCCCCUCCCUACAGGGACCCACCCCCAGCCACAGCCUCAAGGCCCCUGCAGAGACAACUCAGCGCAGAUGCCGCAGUUGUUUCAAUCAACUCUGUCAAAAACCGCUGCAGUGUGUCUUCAGGUAGCUCUGUUAAAAGCGUUCGGGUUUACAACCUAGACGUCCCCGACCCUCGCAACCUAGAGCAAUGCAAGUACCCUGAGAAAGGCAGCCCUGUCCGGUGCGGGGAGCCGCUAGAGAGGCUGCCCUUAAUUGGGGUUCAGGGAGUCAGUAACGGCAGAGGAGAUGGUGGCAGCAGGGGUGGAAGGGGAGCCGGUGGUGGCAGUGGUGGUUCGGGUGGGUGUGGUGUUGUGGUCGGAGGUGGGGGAACCACAGCUCAGCAGCACCACCUGGAGGUGCACCCAGACUACCACUGCUCAGAGCACCGACACUCCUUCCCCGCCCUCUACUAUGAGGGUGCCACCGACUCCCCUGCCCAGAAAGUCUCCUUUCUGAAGCCUCUCACUCGCACCAAGAAGGAUACUGCCUACUCCCAACUUUCUCCCCGUCAUCACAAUUACUCGGGGUAUUCCUCCAGCCCUGAGUACUCCUCCGAGAGCACUCUCAAAAUCUGGGAGCGCUUCAGGCCCUACAAGAAAAGCCCUCGCGAGGAGGCCUACAUAGCAGCAGGCCAUGCUCUUCGAAAGAAAGUGCAGUUUGCAAAAGAUGAAGAUCUGCAUGACAUUCUGGACUACUGGAAGGGAGUGUCGGCGCAGCAGAAACUGUGAUGGUUGUGAGAGACAUGACGGCAGGAGGAGAGGUUGUGGAUGGCUCUUGAGACAGCUAAGCAGACUUCAUCAGCAGGUGCUUUGGUCCCUACAGAGACAAGUGUUCUGAAAAAGACAGAAUUAAGCAGGUGUUCCAAACUCAUUAAGACAUGGAUAAGCAACCAACCAGAAAUGCACAGGAAAUGUGGCACUUAAAAGGCAUCAAGUUUCAUUUUAGCAUCUCUUCGUUUUACCUCGUGAACCACCUGUGAUCUUUUCCCACUGUAGUUUGACAAGUUAAUGCUGUGAAUAGAGGAAUCAACGGUCUUUAUUUCACAAAUGUUUGAGUUCACUUUAAAGGGACGGUUACAAUCGAUGCCUAUCAAGAUUAUUGGUGACGGUGUUAAUUAGCACACGAGAAAUAAUAAAAGGGUUUGAAUUUAGCUUACAAGUCAUAACAUAGCCACCCUUUUCCAACCCAUACCCUAGGCAUAUUCAUUGAUUUGAGACACCUACACAUGCUUUACAGUGUGUGUGGGAAACACUUAUCAAACCAGAGGCAGCCUUUUGGAUGUGCUUAGCAUUCAGAAAGUGUGACAAUUCGAUAAAACACACAAUGCUAAUUCUGUUUUGGCAUUGGUUUGUGGCAGAGUCGGCUCUUCGCCUCAAAGCCAUUUUCUCUUUGUUUUGUCUCUUUCUGCAGUUUUUGUCCAAAGAGUGUAAUGUGGGGUUUGAGGGUUGGAGAUUUUAAAUUUAGGGGAGCAGAUCUGGAAAAUAUUUAUGACUACAAAUGGCAGCUAGAUAUAGAACCCAGUUUAAUAAAGGGUGGACAUCCAAUUGGUUUAUAGUUAGGGGCACAAUGCACAAAGAGUUCGACUUUUGGAAGAAAUGCUAAAGGGGUUGAGUAAACAAAGUCUUGAAAAUGCUUUAACCACUAGAUGUAAAAUACCUUUAUGGUCUUGCAUCUAUACUAUGUGAGGGAUAAUGUGCAGUCAUCCGAUCAUUAUCACAUAACACACCCGACAGGGAUGAAAAAAUACCCUUAUGGGGUUCCUAAAGGGUUUAUUUCGCGAUAACAACCAGCUGACUGUACAUUAUUCCACCUGAAAGAAAAUAGAGAUUUUUUUAGAUUACAUUUUAUUAGCUAACCAGUGACCAAUUGACCAAUCAGAUUCAAGUAUUCCAGAGAGCCGUAUAAUAAAGAACAGUCUGGCCCCAUCUUCAGUCAAUUUUACAUGAAUUGCACUCAUGAAUACUGCAACAGCUCUGCCUUUGUCUUGCCCCAUCGAUCUGACCUUUUGUUUCUGAUUAUAACCCACUUCUGUUGACCUGAUGUUGGCUUUGGUCCAACAGGGGAAGGAAUGAAACAAAUUCAAUUAGUUCUCAAAUCUCCCUUUUUUAAGACCUUGUUAUUGUCCUUGCAUGGCUUAAUAGGGAAAAUGAAUUAGUCAUUUACGAUGGAAGAGUCAUCAUGUCACAGAGGUGCUAAUAUUAUUAACACGGCCAGAUUGAAAUGAAUCUCUUCCUUUCCGGUCAGGUCAUCAACCAGGAUGCAUCUCUGGAGCAUUGGUGGAAGUGAAUUCAGGAUUAAAAAUGCAAAGCGUAUGACGACUCAGACUUUUGUGGUUGGGUUGAUCUCAAGACCUUGUGCUUGAAAUAAAGUGCAGGUUUCUUUGUGAAUGUUUUUAAGGUGUGUGAGCAUGUCUGAUGUCAAGUGUCAUUAAGUUUCAGUGGUGGACCGGUAUCGAUCUUUAUUUUGCAGAUGUUUGCCUACCGUUUAACGUUGCAUAUAAAAACUCAAAGCAUGCAUUAGCUGCACGCCACAUCAUCAUUCAAGGUUUAAAAUCAAUACUCUCUAAUUGAGAAUUGACACGGUAAAUAAAAAAUACAGUAUACACUUGUGAACAUUUCUUUGUGAAAUCUGAAGGAAAACUUGAGAGAUCACAAAAUCCACAGUAAGUCAAAUUAUCAGUUUACAGAAAAAGCUUUCUUGUUUAAAGGAAACAAUGAUAAUAAACAUUAGCAAAAACAGGCUAUCUAGAAACAUCCACAAAUAUCUCACAACAAAAUGAUAAACCCCUACAGUAUGUAUCUGCCCCAGUUUAAUUCAUAUAUUCCACCCUCAACCAUCAUUAGCCCUUUCGAAAUUUCAUUUCUUUCCAUUUAACAGCCCAAAAGUUGUUUUUUUACAGCCUUUGUAUUCUUAAACUCAGUUAGAUGAGUCUGCUGAACGGCCUCGAGGCGUGUGUUAUUAUUUGAGAGAUACGGCAAUUUGGGAAAAGUGAUGUUGGAAUGUCUUGUUCAAGUAUAUUGUCAGAUUAUGGGAAUGAAAAUAAUUUGUGGUAU